CAGGUUUCGGAAGGUGACAAUGAAAUGUGAAGAAGUUACAUUUCUAAUGUGAUACUUGAAAGUUAGUGACUGCUUGCCAAAUUUUCAUGAAGAUUAAAUAUGACUUAGAAGCAUUGAUUUAUGAAGGUUUAUGAUGUCAUCGGUUGCGACAGAAAGCAAACUCCAGCAGGCUGUGAGCCUGCAGGGAGUUGACCCAGAAACAUGCAUGAUUGUAUUUAAAAACCACUGGGCGCAGGUUGUGAAAAUCUUAGAGAAGCAUGACCCCUUGAAGAACACCCAGGCAAAAUAUGGAUCCAUCCCUCCAGAUGAGGCCAGUGCUGUGCAGAAUUAUGUAGAACACAUGCUCUUCUUGCUGAUUGAAGAACAAGCCAAGGAUGCUGCAAUGGGGCCAAUUCUGGAAUUUGUGGUCUCUGAGAACAUCAUGGAGAAACUCUUCCUUUGGAGCUUGAGGCGGGAAUUUACUGAUGAGACUAAAAUCGAGCAGCUAAAGAUGUAUGAGAUGUUGGUUACCCAGUCACACCAGCCUCUGCUGCACCACAAGCCCAUUCUGAAGCCCCUGAUGAUGUUGCUGAGCUCUUGUUCUGGAACAACUACCCCCACUGUGGAGGGGAAGCUGGUGGUCCUGCUCAAUCAGCUCUGUUCCAUCCUUGCCAAAGAUCCAUCCAUUCUGGAACUCUUCUUCCACACUAGUGAGGACCAAGGGGCUGCCAACUUCCUCAUCUUUUCCCUUUUGAUUCCCUUCAUUCACCGAGAGGGGGCAGUAGGUCAGCAGGCCCGGGAUGCUUUGCUUUUCAUCAUGUCUCUCUCUGCUGAGAACAGCAUGGUGGCCCAUCACAUCGUGGAGAACACUUACUUUUGUCCAGUACUUGCAACUGGGCUCAGUGGUCUCUACUCGUCUCUGCCUACAAAGCUAGAAGAGAAAGGUGAGGAAUGGCACUGCCUUCUGAAAGAUGACUGGCUCCUCCUCCCUUCCCUCGUCCAGUUCAUGAACUCGCUGGAGUUUUGCAAUGCUGUCAUACAGGUGGCUCACCCCUUGAUUCGUAACCAGCUUGUCAGUUACAUUUACAAUGGAUUCCUGGUGCCAGUCUUGGCUCCUGCUCUCCAUAAGGUGACUGUGGAGGAGGUCAUGACCACAACUGCAUAUCUGGACCUUUUCCUACGUAGCAUCUCCGAACCAGCACUACUUGAGAUCUUUCUCCGUUUUAUCCUGUUGCACCAGCAUGAGAAUGUCCACAUCCUAGAUACUCUCACAAGCCGAAUCAACACCCCAUUUCGGCUCUGUGUGGUGUCCCUGGCAUUAUUUAGAACUCUCAUCAGUUUACAUUGUGAAGAUGUGAUGCUACAACUGGUUCUAAGGUAUCUGAUCCCUUGCAAUCACAUGAUGCUGAGUCAGAGGUGGGCUGUGAAGGAGAGAGACUGUUACUCUGUCUCUGCCGCCAAGCUGCUCGCCCUGACCCCUGUCUGCUGCUCCAGCGGGAUCACCUUGACACUUGGGAACCAAGAGAGGGAUUAUAUUCCCUGGUCCAAGUGUAUGCAUGAUAGUUCAGGGCCCAUGGAGCAGCCGCUCCCGGAGGCGUUCUCUCCGUCGGCCUGCAUUGUGGAGUAUGGCAAAGCCCUGGAUAUCAGCUACCUGCAGUACCUCUGGGAGGCCCACACCAACAUCCUCCGCUGCAUGAGGGACUGUCGCGUUUGGUCUGCCCUGUAUGACGGAGAAUCCCCUGAUCCCGAGACGUUGCUCCAGAGUCUAGAGGAGAGCACUACCAACUCCGCCCACCCUGUGUUCAGGCUCCCGCAGCAACUCACCGGGAAGACAGGGCCUCAGCUGGCUCCAAGAAAAGAGAAGAACCAGACAGAGCUGGAGUGGGAUGACAGUUAUGACACUGGAAUCUCCUCAGGGGCAGAUGUGGCCUCCCCUGGGCCUCAUGAUGAUCCAGAGAAUUCAGGCCCUCCGGCACCAAUUGAUCCCCCCAAACAUAUCCAGGAGAUGAAGAAGAACGCCAUCCUGCUCUUCAAAGGGUCCUACAUCGAAGAAUCCGACUUCCAGGACGACGUGAUGGUGUACAGGUUGUGUGCUGAGAAGGACUCUGAGGACACUAGGAAUUCGCAGGAGGAAACUGCAAAGCCACCAAGUCAAGCCGAGUCCGAGGUUCAGAGUCCCCCCAUGAACAAUGGCCCCCUGCCCAGCCCUCAGCCAGAAACAGAUUCAGAAGAGGAACCUAAUAGGGACAAUUCAGACCUGUUUCAAAAUGUGUCCAAGGAACCAAAACAAGAGAAUGAGCCUGAAGUAGCCCCAGAACCAAACUCAGAGUUGGCACCCCCUGUCUCUGAGGCAGAGCACAAUUCAAACCUGACGGUUAUUAACCCAGAGGGGGAAGAUAUCAUUGCCAGGUAUGACCAAAUCAUUCAAGAACUGGAUUCUGGCACCAAGGGCUUGAUAGAACAGGAUUUUUCCUCACCUGAUCCUUUGCUUCUCACAAAAGAGAAAGAGGAGAAGGAAGAGGAGAACAAAGAAAAAAAGAAGGAGGAGGAGGUGGAGGGGAAAAAGGAACUAGAAGUGGAGGAAGACGACUUUGACUCUUUGAUAGCGGAAACUCCUGCCCUAGAGCCCGUGCCAUCCCCAUUUGGGGUGAGAGAGGAGACUGCCGUUGCCAGUCACCAUCCCGUGAGGACUCAGAGCACCCCGUUCACAGGCCCAUUCAUCAGCGUGGUCCUGUCAAAGCUGGAGAACAUGCUGGAGAACUCUUUGCAUGUUAAUUUGCUGCUUAUUGGGAUCAUUACUCAGCUAGCCAGCUACCCCCAGCCACUCCUGCGCUCCUUUCUGCUCAACACCAACAUGGUCUUCCAGCCAAGCGUCCGCUCUCUCUAUCAGGUCCUCGCAUCUGUGAAAAACAAGAUUGAACAGUUUGCGUCUGUGGAGAGAGACUUCCCAGGACUCCUCAUGCAAGCCCAGCAAUACCUGCUCUUCCGGGUAGACAUGUCCGACCUGACCCCUGAGUCUCUAACCAAAGAUCCCAUUCAGGAUGCUUCCAGGACAGGAGGUGGCAAGAACCUUUUGGAUGGUCCCCCAAGAGUGUUUCAGCCCUUCCUGACGAACAGAGCCAAGGUGGCCGGGGUACCCCCAAGUCUUCCCCUGCCAGUGAGGAACACCAUGCUGGCCGCUGCCCUCUUCCCAGAGUUCCUGAAGGAACUGGCUGCCUUGGCCCAGGAACACUCCAUUCUGUGCUACAAGAUCCUGGGUGACUUUGAGGACUCCUAUUGUUAGCUUUUUUUUUUUUUCAAAUAGAGGUUCUUGUUUUUUAAGG